AUGCAGCCCUCACAGACCUUUGUCGGAUCAAUUGAUCAAGGCACAACGAGCACCAGAUUUCUGGUCUUCAACCGCGAGGGCGAGCCAGUAGCAUCACAUCAAGUCGAGUUCAGCCAAAUCUACCCGAACCCGGGCUGGCACGAACAUGACCCCCUCGAGAUCGUAACCUCAGCAGAGACCUGCAUCGAAGAAGCUGUCCAGAAGUUCGAAGCGCAAGGCCACACCCGGAGCAGCAUCCAAAGCAUCGGAAUAACAAACCAGCGCGAAACAACCGUAGUAUGGAACCACGAGACCGGCGAGCCGCUGUACAAUGCUAUUGUAUGGACAGACACACGCUCUCAGGCGAUCGUCACGGAAUUGAAGCAGAGACCCGGGGCAGCGCAGCUUCAGGCACUCUGCGGUCUGCCGCUGUCAACCUACUCGUCGGCUACAAAGCUGCUCUGGAUGUUGGUGCAUGUCCCAAGAGUGAAGGAUGCAUUUGACCGCGGCACACUGGCGUUUGGUACCGUCGACACCUGGCUGGUAUACCGUUUGAAUGGUGGCGUGGCUGCCAACAUCUUUGUCUCGGAUUCGACAAACGCUUCGCGGACCAUGUUUGUGAACUUAGAGACGUUGCGGGGAAAGGUUCACUUACCUAGGAUUGUGCCCUCGUCUGAUGCGACGGCGUAUGGCCUUGUUGCUUCUGGGGCUUUGGCACAGGUUCCGAUCAUGGGCUGCCUGGGUGAUCAGUCUGCGGCGUUGGUUGGGCAGAAAGGGUUCUCGCCUGGAAUGGCCAAGAACACUUAUGGCACUGGGUGCUUUCUUUUGUACAAUGUCGGCGACAAGCCGGUGUUCUCGACACAUGGAUUGCUGGCUACGGUGGCUUACCACUUUGGUGGGAAGCCUAUCUAUGCGCUUGAGGGGAGCAUUGCUGUUGCUGGGUCUGGGAUCAAAUUCUUGCAGAAUAACUUGAAUUUCUUCCAGGAGUCUGAGGAGGUCAAUGAUCUUGCCUACUCGGUGAAAGACAAUGGCGGGUGUGUGUUUGUCACUGCUUUCAGUGGACUUUUUGCACCUUAUUGGAUUGAUGACGCGAAAGGAACAAUCUUUGGGAUCACCCAGUACACCCAAAAGGGCCAUAUCGCACGCGCAACGCUAGAGGCAACCUGCUUCCAGACUAAAGCCAUUCUAGAUGCAAUGGAGAAAGACAGCGGCCACACACUUUCCGAGCUUGCUGUAGAUGGGGGUAUGAGUAACUCAGACUUAGCAAUGCAGACUCAAGCAGAUCUGAUAUCUAUCCCUGUCUACCGCCCCAAUAUGCGAGAGACUACAGCUCUCGGUGCAGCAAUUGCUGCAGGUCUUGCUGUUGGAUUUUGGCACAACUUUGCCGAGCUACAUGAUAUCAAUCGUUCUGGUGGUGCGGUUUUCGAGCCCCAGGUCCCGCGGCAAGACAGCGCUGAAAAUUUCAGACAAUGGGAAAAGGCUGUGCAAAUGAGUAGAGGCUGGGUGGGAUCUCAGAGCGCCGAGCACGAAGAAGCUGAUGGUCCGAGCAACGAGACAUAUGCACCGGCGAAGAAUCCUGAUCUCCCUCCGCGCAAGGGAAUACAGCUCUCAGAUAAUUCCUUGAUCUCGGAUGUGGUUAAAAGCUCCACAUACAUCGCCGCUGUCAAAGAGAGGGCUCAUGUCUCGGUCAAGGAGAUCGAAGUCCCACAUCCACUUGUACAGACGGCAUUGGGGAGUGUUUUGGGUGACUUGGAUGAUGCAGAUGAAGAGGAUUUGUUCUUGGAACUUCGGAAAGUGGAGAUUUUGCAAAGACUUAGGAAACUACGGAAGCGACAGUAA